CUGGGGGGCUCGGGCGCGGGCCUGUGUGACCUUGGGUUUGCCUCCCUGAAUGCGCCGGAUAGAUGUGCGGUGCGGAUACUGCGUAGCGCCGGGGGUCGCGGUCCCUGGCGGCUUCCUGCACGGAUGAGUGCUUGGGAUUCCAUGUGUUUUUGCUGAACUUGUAAAGGCGACACCUGGAUGGUGGAUUAACAAGAACACUGACCUGUGGGCAGCCUCAGCUGAGAACAUUGGAUUUUCACCCUAGUCCAGCAGCUCUGCUGCUCACAUAGAUGCAGAUGAAUGAAGACCCCAUUCGGGAAGACACCUGGCCAGCGGUCCAGAGCUGAUGCAGGCCAUGCUGGAGUCUCUGCAAACAUGAUGAAGAAGAGGACAUCUCACAAAAAACAUCGGACCAGUGUGGGACCAAGCAAACCUGUGUCCCAGCCCCGGCGGAACAUCGUAGGCUGCAGGAUCCAGCAUGGGUGGAGAGAGGGCAACGGCCCUGUCACCCAGUGGAAGGGGACUGUCCUGGACCAGGUGCCUGUGAACCCUUCCCUGUAUCUCAUAAAGUAUGAUGGAUUUGACUGUGUCUAUGGACUAGAGCUGAACAAGGAUGACAGAGUCUCUGCACUUGAGGUCCUCCCUGACAGAGUCGCAACAUCUCGGAUUAGCGAUGCACACUUAGCGGACACAAUGAUUGGCAAAGCGGUGGAGCACAUGUUUGAAACAGAGGAUGGCUCUAAAGAUGAGUGGAGGGGGAUGGUCUUGGCGCGGGCACCUGUCAUGAACACAUGGUUUUACAUCACCUAUGAGAAAGACCCCGUCUUGUACAUGUACCAGCUCCUAGAUGAUUACAAAGAAGGCGACCUCCGCAUUAUGCCCGAUUCCAAUGAUUCGCCUCCAGCAGAAAGGGAGCCAGGAGAAGUUGUGGACAGCCUGGUAGGCAAGCAAGUGGAAUAUGCCAAAGAAGAUGGCUCGAAAAGGACUGGCAUGGUCAUCCAUCAAGUAGAGGCCAAGCCCUCUGUCUAUUUCAUCAAGUUUGAUGACGACUUCCAUAUUUACGUCUACGAUUUGGUGAAAACAUCCUAGAUGUCAUCACAAACUCUGCCAAAUUUGUGGAACUAUUAAAUGUAUAAUUUGUAGACAUAAAGACUCGAUUGCUUUCCAGUUUAAUGAAAGCUUAGAUGUCCCUGCGAACCCACAAUCUCCACCAGCAGAGCUGGUGUUGUUCUGAAUAGUGCAGACUGAUUCAAACACAAGGCAUCUGUGAGGGGUCCUCCCUCUUCAGAGCGUCUGUGUGAGGGGUCCUCCCUCACACUCACAGGAAGGCCGUCUGGGGGUGACAAGCAAGGUGGUAAAGUUAAGCUAGCAUCAUAGUCACUUAAACCUGGAUAGGUUGUACCCAUUCCCCUUCACUCUGACACUGUCUUAUUCUGCUGCCACAAUGCAAGCAUAGUUUGUUAUUUUUGUUACUGCCUUUUUUGAGAGAUUAUGUAUCUAUAUAGCUACCUGUCUAGAUCUGCAUCUGUGUGCCUAUGUAUAUAUUAUACACACACAGAGGCACUCACCACUGACACGCCUUUCCUUGCGGAUUGGGGUGGGGGUGAAAAUGUUUUCUCCAGUUCAACAGGAGUGCUCGAUCCAAGUCAGUCAUAUUUAUAAUAUGCCUGCUCUUUGUUUGAAAUUAAAUUUGGGCACAGGAAGCACACAGAGACAUUUAGGUUGUUUCAAAAGUCAGAAUUUCUGAGUACCAUUUCAAUCCGGAGGCUUUUGGCUGAGUCCAGGUAUAAAUUAGCCAUAAACAGUCAAUGACCCACAGUAGAAUUCUGGUAAACUGUUGAGAAAUCUGGGUAAAAGGCUGCCUUCAAUUCUAAGCUUUAUUUUUUAUUUUUUUUUUUUUGUGGUUUUUGUUGUUAUUGUUUGUUUCUGUUAUCGUUGUUGUUUACUCUUUAAUCAUAACUACUUUGACAAUAGAGCCCGGGUCCUUGGUUCACAUGGAAUAAUAUAGAUGUGCUUCUAGACGGCACAUUAGUCCAUUUGUUCACACCUGUCAGCGGGGUUUUACUACAUGGACUUAAAAGGCAACAAUAAAUCCAGGGUUUGUAUGUGCCGUAGAUCCCCGCAAGAACAGUGCAUUUGUAUUAGAGAUGUAAGUUUUAAGUAUGGCAUUGUUGCCUUCUCUCAAGUUCUCUGGGACUUUUUAAUUUUUAUUACUACUAUUGUUGAUAUAUGAUUAUGGUCAGAAGGCCUCUUCUCCCCUUCCUUACUCUCUCCCACUCCUCCUGGCUUUCCCCCACAGAGAAUGCUAGACCAAUAUGGCUUCUUGCCUUGACCCUGUUGUGGCAGUGUCUGUUCUUGCUCCAAGUGUGUUAUUCAUGCAGGUUUAUCCCCUCCGUGGCCUCCGGGCUCUGCAUGUCUAUGAUGUGUCACUGGACGGUCAUCCUUGCUGGUUAUGGGUGGAUCACAGCUCUUCGCCAUCAAGUGCAUUCAUGAUUUGCUCCUGUGAGGUGGUUUGAAGCUGAAAUAGAACUGACAUGCAGUUGGUUGACUAGCCAAACCUCUGCUCGCUCUCACUUUGUCUUGUAGGAAGCCUGGUAGCUUGUCAGCUGGAGAAAGACAGUUUGUAGAAUCAGUCUCGUGGAGGUUGGAAAUCUAUCUGUGGCUGCACAGUAUUGAUGCUGUCAAGCAAACAGCAGAGGCGUGGCCAAGUGUAGGCAUGCUUAACUAGUUGGGGUUCUUCCUGAUGACCAAGUGUAGGUAUGCUUAACUAGUUGGGGUUCUUCCUGAUGACCAAGUGUAGGUAUGCUUAAUUAGUUGGGGUUCUUCCUAAUGCAAGAAGUCAGUCACGGUUCAAGGCGCAUGGCUAUUGGAUAUCCAUUUAGUCUUCACAGAGGCUGACCGCCCUGUGCUGCAGGGUGGUCACAACUGCUCACCAUGUGAACACAGUACCUCAGUUCCGUCCCUGGCUGCAGUCACCGUGUGCUCAGUGUUUUCUCCUAGGCACCAGGGACAAGCUUCUCAAAGCCGUGUGAUCUACCCUAGUCUUGGGUGCCUCUAGUAUACGUGACCGGGUGUUGUCCUGCAUGUAAAUCUCCGAGCAGAGUCUGUCUCUUCCAGCCCAUACUGGUAAUCUGUGGUACAAGUGGAUGAGAGUGUCCUGCAUGCACCAAUGGUGCAGAACAUGCACGGUGACUGGAAAGUCAAACUCCUUUCGAAAUGUCCCGAGGACUGGAUCAGUUCCAACAUGUCUGCCAUUAUCUGAUGCCUUGCAUUGUGGUUUUCUGCAAGCAACCUAGGUUGGCUUUGGUUACCCGUGACCUCCCGGUCUGGGGUUGCAACAGAAGACGGGGAUGACUUUGCUCACUAUUCCAAAUACUGCCUUUAUGUAAGGCAGAGGGAAGGGGAAGGUUUUUAUUUGUUUGUUUGUAUUUUAAUUGUUUCACCCCUCCUCCCUCUCUUUUCUUUUGGUGGCUUCCACCACCCUGAAUGGUGACGGACUCCUGAGCCUGCCGCCUUGGGCUCCCCUUAGGCUCACAGUUCAGAUCUGCAUGCCUUGCUUGCAUUGUCCUGGUAUCUGAAUGUUGACUCCUCAUUUAGGAGUUGAACAUGAAUUUCCAAAAUUUUCAUGGGGCUUGUGGCAACACAAGCAGUGAAUCUGUGUAUAAAAUUUACUGGCCUUCCUCACUUACCUGCUCUAGUAUCGUAUCGUGUGUGCGUGCGUGUGUGACGUCAGGCUGCCACGUAAACUUCAGAGAAGAACCUUAAAGCAGACCAUCCAUUUUUGCAUGCUCUCUUCUAAGUAGAAUGUUCAAUGUAACUAACUAAACCUGCAUGUUAAAGAGACCUAGGUUCUUUCUUUCUUGCUUUCUUUCUUUCAAUUUGCUUUUGGUUUCCUGUAUAUUUGCUUACUGUGCUGUUCUAGUGGUUGUAGGGUAAAGACGCACUGGUGAAGCAGUCGUAGCGCCGACAGAAGGUGAUUCCAGUUGUAUAUGUCACGCAGCAUUCGAAGGGACUGUGCACGCUCUAAAAAUCACAGUUGCUUCUAAGCCAGAUUUCAUUUCUGUUCUUGUUUUAUGUGCCAAACCCCAAAGUGCAUUGGGCCUGAAUCUCUGAACUCUGUAGACCCAUUAGAAAGAAGACUGUUCUGAGCAACACAAACUGUAGUGCCUGAAAACACUUAACACUGAUUGUCUGAGAGACGGAGGUCCUCCAAAGAUGACACAGGAAAAAUACUCAAAAUAAUCAUGGCCGAAAUGUCUGUGUUCCUUGGGAAUGCUGCGCUCUCUGUAUUCUCCACCAUUGGUGCAGUUCGAACGAACGAACGAGUAGAGUUCAGAGGUCUUCGUGUUCACAUUUAAAACUAGAAAAACGACCUCAUUUUUUGAGCUUGAAUUCAUUUUUAAUUUUAAUUUUAUUUUAUACAACGUGUAGACAGUUCCCUGUUCUCUGCAUUUAGAAGUAUACACAGUACAACUCUGUUAAUUCUGUAAGUAAUUUUUAUAAUUAUGAUGUAACUCUAUCCUUCCUUAAAACAUUCAAAAUAAACCCUUUAUGUGCAA